CCUCCCCCCGCUUCCAUCCAGGCCCAAAUCCAAUCCCCACAGCGCCAAAUCCCUCCUCGAUUACUCCUCCCCCCAACCGCCCUCAGCGAAAGCCCCAAAGCUACUCCGUACCACACAUCGAGCGAGCGCCGGGCACUCGUCCCCUUCUUCCUCCUAGUAGUCAUAUUCUAUCUAGGUCUCAGCCUGCGUACGCGGCGGCAGAUCGGGCACAUGGACGGCAGCGGCGUCGACGCGGCGCUGGGCCUCGUCGCGUGGUGGGGCUCCGUGCGGGGCUUCUUCACGCCGGCCACGCUGUUCCUCGUCGUCAACCUCGUCAUCGGCACCAUCGCGCUCACGUCCCGCUCCCGCCGCCGCAACCCCGACUCCCCACACCACCAACGCCACCAGCACCAACACCAACAGCAGCAGGAGGAGGACGAUGAGAACCAUCCCUACUACGACCAGCAGCACCCGCAGCAGCAGGAGGAGGAGCGGUACGUGGACCCGCCGGCGCCGGCGCCGCUGGCGCGCACGUCGUCGGUGCUGGACCGGCUACGUUCCAUCGGCCUCUACCGCUUCCGCUCCGGCGACUUCCCGCCCGAGUACGCCGCCCCCGCCCCCGACCACGCAGGAGCCGUGACGGUGACGGCCGGGGACGCCGCUCACUACUCCCGGAGCCGGUCCGAGCCCGCGCACGCGCCUGCGCCGUCGCCGCGGGAGAAGACGAGGAAGAGGGCUUCGGCGGCGGGGGUCCCGCCGAGGAUGAGAAAGUCGUCGAGCAGCUCCUCGCAGGCGAGGAAGAAUGCCGCGGCGUCCGCGAGGGCCGCGGAAUGGGCGGCGGUGCGCGCGGAGGAGGAGGAGGAGGAGCAGGCCGUCGUGGACGCGAGGGCGGAGGAGUUCAGCGACAGCUUCAUGCCUUCUUCGCCGCCGGCGCAGCAGCAACAGCAAAAGCAACAGCAGCAGGAGGAGGAGGAGGUCUACUACCGGGAAGAGUACGUCCCUCCUCUGCGGCCGACGAGGGCGGCGGCGGCGCCGCUGGCGCGCGCGCCUUCCGUGCUCGAGCGCCUCCGGUCCUUCAGCCUCUACCGCUUCACCUCCGGCGACCUCGCCGCCGAAGCGGCCCCCGCGGCGGAAGAGGCGCACUACGGCAGGAGCCAGUCGGAGCGGCAGAGCAAGAAGGGGAAGAGCCAGCAGGGGGCGGAUGCGGAGGAGAGGAGGAUGACCAAGUCGAGUUCAGAGGCGAGGAAGCCAGCGCCGGCACCGGAGGAGCCGGCGGAGCAAGGCGUGGACGCGCGCGCGGACGACUUCAUCAACAGCUUCAGGCAGCAGCUCAAGCUGCAGCGGCUCAACUCGCUGCUCAACUACAAGGAGAUGCUCAACCGCGGGUCCAAGUAGCUAGGCCGCCGGAGAAGAAGAAGAAGAAGAAUACUAGAUUCUGCUGCACUGUCUUAAUCUUAAUCUUACUCCCCCGAUCGAGUCUUAGCGACUGAUUGCUGCUAAAAAUUAAUCACAUGUGAGCGAGGUUUGUAGUAUACUCCUACAUUGGUGCUAAUUAAACUCUUGAUUUUUCUCUCU